GUAUUGUAAAGAAGGUUAGAUUAGUUAAUAUUUGAAGAACAUUAUAAAAUUUUAUUAAAAAUUCUAUUUACACUAUUAAAUCUAAAAUAUUUUAAACAUCGAAACUACAAAUAAUAAAUGAAAAAUAUUUCAUUUAAAAAAUAAUAUUACCAAUUUGUAUAUUAUUUAUCAAAACAAUUAUUUGUAAAUAAAAAUGGGUCAGUUUCUUGACAGUAAUAGACACAUGACUACUAGCGUAAUGUUUGAUGAAAAAAGCGAAAACGGAUUAAUUGUUGGUGGCAAAUACUUACCAGAAGAAUUAUUAGCAGAAAUUUUUUGCUAUGUAGAUUAUAACUCUUUAUUAAAUUGUCAAUUGGUGUGUAAACUUUGGAAAAAUUUAAUUCAAACUUAUGUUUGGCGUAAAAAAGCAGAAAUUAUUUUCGGUCGAUCACUUCUUUUUGAUAAGGAGGUUUCUUGGCAUACAUAUUAUCUUAUGUGUAAAAAGAAACCUUUUGAAAGGAAUUUGAUAAAAAAUCAUUCUGGAGAAUACGGAACGCAAAAAUGGAAAAUUCUUGAUGAAGGUGGUGAUCGUUGGAAAGUAGAAAAUCCUCCAAUAGGAGUUUCACCUUUGCCAAAUAAUGAAGCUAUUUUUAAAGGAAAUCAAUUCUGUUUUGUUACUUCUUAUAGAAGAUGCACUAAAGCACAAGUAAUUGAUCUAGAAAUUGAAGGAUUGACAUCAUAUGUUUUAGACAAUUUACAACCUUUAAUAGUGGUAAGUGAAUGGUAUAGUUGUCGUUGGGAUUGUCCAGCUAUCUAUGAAUGUAAAAUCAAAUUAUUAGGAGAAGAUAAUAAAAUCAUUGACUCCUUUGAAUUCCAUGAUAGUAUUGAAGAAGAAAAACAAAAUGAAUGGCAUCAGAUAUUACAUGAAUUUAAGAACUAUGGACCUGGACUUAGAAGAAUUUGUUUUUGUCAUGGCGGUACUGAUAAAUUAUUUUGGGCAGGACAUUAUGGCAGUAAAAUGGCAGGUGCCUGUGUAUGUGUAAAAAUUCCCAUAGUUCAAUUUCGCAACAGUGAAGAAAUUAAUAUGUUAUCCAAUAAAAAUUAUAAUGCAAAACGUAUUUCUAAAAAAAAAUAAGCUAUAUUUUGAAAAUAUGAAAAAUAUUCACACAAGUAAAAAAUAUUUUGAAUAUAUUAUUUA